CUCCUCUCUCUUCUUUCUCACUCCUCUCAUUUACCCUUCAUCAUUCCUCACUCAUGAAUCCGCCACCCCGCGCACACACCUCAUACUUGGACCGUACCUUCCUCAGCUGUCAAAUAUGUGUAUAUAAAGGCGCACGCAGAAAGAAAAAAAGAUAUCAAGUCUCCUGAUCAAAAUGAUAGAGCUGACCCAUAAAACCUCCCUGUUGAUGGAAUAUUAUUUCACCCUCACAUUAGUACUUUGUCUGCCCCCCAUUUUCUUCGUUCUCUUUCGCAGAUGGUCCUCCGUUAAUACCAAAAAUCAACCACCUUCUCCACCAAAGCUUCCUUUCCUUGGGAACCUUCACCAACUAGACUCACAUCCUCAUCGCUCACUUCAAGCCUUAGCUCAUCGCCAUGGCCCCCUCAUGCUCCUCCAUUUCGGAAGUGUCCCAGUCCUCGUUGUCUCCUCGGCUGAGGCUGCACGUGAGGUCUUGAAAACACAUGAUCUCACAUUCGCCAGCAGACCAACGUCCACUGUCUUUAAGAAGCUUUUCUACAAUUGCAAAGACAUGGCGUCUGCACCUUAUGGUGAGUAUUGGAGGCAGUUGAGGAGUAUAUGUGUUUUAAAUCUUUUGAGCACCAAAAUGGUUCGCUCUUUUCGUGCCGUGAGAGAAGAGGAAACAAAAUUCAUGAUCUCCGGGAUAGAACAAUCAUGUAUGUCCUCCUCUUCAAAGUCAUCAGUCGUGAAUUUAAGAGAAAAGCUUGUGACGCUUACCAUUGAUGUCACCUGUAGAGUGACUACGGGGAGGAAGUACAAUAGCAUCGUUGGGGAAGAUGGUAAAAUGGUAUUGUUUAAGGAUCUUUUAGGGGAGUUUAUUGAGUUAUUAGGAGGCAUCUACAUCGGAGACUAUAUCCCAUGGCUCGCUUGGUUAACUCGUGUCAAUGGUUUGGACUCUAAAUUAGACAAGGUGGCUAAACAGUUUGAUGACCUUUUAGAUAGAGUGAUUCAAGAUCAUAUCGAGCAACGUUCCAAGAGUGGAAACAUUAAAGGGAAUAUGAAUCAUACGGAUGAUCAGGACGAGAAUGGCCAAAAGGACUUCGUGGACGUUUUACUUGGGAUUCAAGAAGACAGCUCAUCAUCAAUUGGUUUCCCUAUCGAUAGAGUCACCGUGAAGGCUCUCAUCAAUCAUCAUGGAAGUAGUCGACACCCAACACGCACACAAUUUUUCUAUUAA